UGUCAUGCUGUGCGUCAACCUCCCUAGGAUUCAUUCAUCAGCUGUCUCACUGCCAUAGUCAUUUCGACCAACGUCUGACCCUUCCUUUAGGUCAUGAUUUAGCUCAGGAAGUUACUUUUUUCAUGCCAGAUUUAUAAACUUUCCUGUUAUUCUCCUUUGAUAAAAUAUCCACUCUGUCCACUAGGCAAUACAACGGUAAAUUUAUUAUCAGUCCGUCCUGCUGUUUUGAAGAAUGACAUCAGUGCAAAAUGGCUAUUUGGGCAUCAUGGCCAAUAAAGUCAUUUUGGGAGUGGGAGGGAAGGAUGAUAUUUACGAGGUUAUGGGGGGAUAUAUAAAGUGUGGUAUCAGGAGGGAAAGAAUCUUCAAGUUCAGAUUCCUCUCCUACAAACGUCAAGGAGGACGAGUCCUCUUUUCGAAGUCACCAUGUACAAGCUAAUAUUCUGCUGCUUAUUUUUUGCCGGCUUCUUAAACCCCUUCUUGUCUCUUCCCAUUGUCGACUCCAGUGAAGUGGCAUAUCGGCUCUCAGCAGAUGACGAGGAUGCAAAGCUAACCUUGGAAGACCUGGACAGAGCUUCCCUCUUGCAAAUGCUGCCAGAGAUUUUCGGUGCAGAAAGAGAUAAAGUGUCCAGGAAAGCUGACCUCAGUGCUGACAUUUUUGAUCCGCAAGAAAAUGUGAGAAAAUUUCAGGUUUUUUAUGGAAAAGAUCCCAAAAUCUCACUCCUGAGUCAUCUGGCUAGAACCAGGAAACAAUUUAAGAAACGUGGGACCCCUUCCGAAUGUUUCUGGAAGUACUGUGUGUAA